AGCGCACCUGGAAGGAGCCUCGCGGAGAGGAGCGCACCGACGCCCUUGCUCGCUCGCCUGCCCGCCCGCCUGCCUGCCGGAGAACGCGCUCGCUGCUGCUCCGCCCGUCGCAGGUGCAUCGCUGCCGACUGGCCUCGGGACGCGCCGCCCGUUCCAAUCCUCCUACUCGACCCCCGAAGGGGCUCCACGCCGAACCCACCGGGAAUGCUCGACGCCGCCGCCGUUGCUGGAGGCCGAGGGCUGGCCAGCUGAGUCUACCGACGCCGCUGCUGCUGCUGCCGCCGCUCCCCCCCCCCACGGCUGGCCGGGCAACAUGGUCGGCGUGGCGGGCGCCGAGGUGGCCCUCCUCACCUUCGGUAUUGUAUUAGCUGUGUGCCAGGCCGUGGAGAACACAACGUCCGCCUUGAAUGGUCCUCCAGUGGCUGCUGCUGUGAGAUCUCACUUUAACAGCUGUCCAGAUGCUCAUAGUGAGUUUUGCUUCCAUGGUACUUGCAGGUUCUUGGUGCAAGAGGAAAAACCAGCUUGCGUCUGCCAUUCCGGGUAUGUUGGGGCGCGAUGCGAACACGCAGACCUGCUUGCAGUGGUGGCCGCCAGCCAGACAAAGCAAACCAUCACUGCCCUGGUGGUGGUUUCCGUUGUAGCCUCUGUCGCCCUUAUCAUGAUCUGCGUCCUAAUACACUGCUGUAGGAUACGAAAACAUUGUGAGUGGUGCAGAACUGUUGUCUGCAGACAGGAGAAGCCCAACGGGCUCCUGAAAGGAGGAACGUCUUGCUGCCAUUCAGAGACAGUUGUCUGAUGGAGACGGGGGUCUGCUGGGAUUCUGACUGCUGUGUGUAGAAGGGACCACUUAAGCAUCCUACAGGAGGCCUACAAUAUUCCAGAGGGACACUUAAGAUGGACACAGGUGCUUCCUGGGGACAGAACAGUAUUGGCAAGCAGACUCCCUGCAACAUUUGGCUUCUUGUCUGCAUCCUCCAUUCAUGCAUUGUGCUUCCAGAACUUGCUAUGUGGAGACACGUGACGCCACACACCAGGUCAAUCCAUACAUGGAAGCUUAUGGAUAACCAAGGAAUCUCAAAAGACUUCGCAUAGUAAAAUAAAGAGUAGGAAAAUUACAGGCUAGUCAUUUUUUAAAACAGUGCACAUUGGACGGCUUCAUGUUUACGUUGCUAUGAGAAAUGCACAUGGAAUGGGUGUCUAAUACCAGGAAAGAAUUGUGUACAGUUCAGGUGGGGGUAACUUUGUUUCCCAAAAAUCUUCCUCCUUGCUUGAGACUUCAUGGAACAUGGACUCCAGUCUUAGGAUCCUGCACUCAAUACAGAAUCUGACUCCAAAGAAGUGAUGAGCUACAUUCGUGAUUUUGAGAUAGCUAAAUUCUCCAAUUGAGAAGAAGGUCCGCUGGGUUCAACUGCAAGUCCCACUCCUUGAAAACAAAUAUCUUUUUGUAUCCAGAAACAUCCAGAUGAAUUUUCCAAAGUGAUCACUUGUCUCUACCAGCCCUCAGCGUUUUCUGUAUUUUGAAUAUCUGGAUUUAGAAAAGUAAGGACUGAGCAGCAACAUCUUUGAGCCGAAGGACAGCAAAAUAGCUCACAUUUCCAGCUUUCAUGAUCAUUGUGCCUCCAAAUUAGAAAGUUCUUUUUCAUCCCCCACCCUGUUCUGUGUAACUGGAUCAAAACAACAACAGCCAACUGCUCUGCCGCAUAUCCCCAAAGAAUAAAAAGCAGAGACCCUAAAAAAAUGUGUGGAUUCCAAGGCAAGAGAUAUUGGGGAGGAUGCUUCUUCGGUUAUUGUUUUUAGCACCUAAUUGAAAAAAGCCCAGCUCACUGAAAUAGAUAAGAAUCCUACUUAAAUCACUUUUGGAUGGAUUCUUAAAAGUCAUCCCAUUGUGGUUCUAAAUGGGAAGGGAUUUUUAGGCUGCCUUAACAGGACAGUGUAAGGAGAGACUGGAGUGUUUCAACAGAUGCUUGUGUGUCUGGAAACAUUCCAUGGGAUCAGCUGGGCUUGUUGUGCAUCUUUUAUCUGACAAUUCUAAUGCAUGUUUCCCAAGACAGGCGAUUUGUGGAAGGGCUUCCAUGUCCCAAUACUUGUUCUGCAGGAAGAGGGCUGGCCUCUUGAGUGUGAGGGGUGUAGCUUGUUGCUGAGCGAGUGUGCAGCCGAAGGUGUGUUGGGAAGAGGGCGGUUUGGCUCAAAGUUGAUGUUCACCAUUUGGGAGGUCCGCAUUCUGCCGAAACGUCUCUUCUGUAAGCUGAAUUGAUAAAAGCAAGAAUUGGGACCCUCAGAGGACAGCUUCUAAUGCAGAGCUCCUAAUGAGGGGGCAGGAAUAUACUGUAUAUGGAAAUUCUUUUUUAAAAAUCACUCAAAAGCCAUUCUGUUCUUUCUGCGUAGGCAGAAUAAUUGAAAUUUAAGAUGCAAGUUGAAACCUCUUCUGUGAAAAUGCUAAUGGUUUCCAUUAUUUCCAUUCCAUUCCCUAUCCUUGAGCAUGUUGUCUAAAAUCCCUGUUGACCCUGAUCGCUGCCAGAGCCAAUCUGAUAGGUACCUUCCAAGAAAUAGUUAUAGGCAGGUUAGUUUUAGUUCCAAAGUUUACGACAUUCUGUGCUACUUUUAAAGGGUCCGAUCUCUUUUUAUUUGUCAUUCAGCACAAAUAUUUCUUUGACUGUCCUGAGGAGAAGAACUGAUCUCUUCAAGGAAAAAUGAGGUUUUUUUAAAAUAUUGUCCCUAAACUCCUUUCCUCCCCAGUGCUGAUUUAUUAAACUGGGCAUUAUUCCAGCCUGUUUGAGUCAGGGUCACUCGAUUGCCACAGAAUUAAGGAAAAGCAAUUCACUUGGGUGGGCUUUUCCCCAUCGAAAGGCAGUCUUUCCCAAGCUGGCGCCCUCCAGAUGUUUGGACCACAUCUCCCCUCCUCCUUCCCAGCACCGUACAGCUAGGGAAGGUGCAGACCCAAACAUCUGGAGGGUACCAGCUUGCAAAUGGCUGCCGUAAGGACUCCCGGUAUCUUAGACCUUCUUCAAGGGAUACCUUUACCCCAAGUCCCCCUUUGGGCCUAAAAAACCCUCGGAGUCCCAGUCCCAGGACUUUGCUCUUAUUUGUGCUGCAAUUUGUGGCUUGUCAACCCUGUGAAAGCAGCGUUUUUAAAUACCUUUUGCAGAAUGUGACCCUGUGCUCCUUUUUUUUCACUGAAAGAAGGAAUAGGCAGAAAAGUGACUUGCAGUCUGAAUAAACGAGCUGGCUUGUACGUUUCUCUGCAAUUGUACCCUGCAAUGCUUUUCUGAAAUUAGAGAUGGCCUUUUAACCUGAGCUGUUGUGACCUGAUCCCACCUGAGUUUCUGUUUCAAUUUGGAUACUUGGCCGGAAGCAGGAUCAGUAUGUAUGUUUCUUAAAAAAUAAAAAUGGACGAACUGUGCCAAUUUUUCACAUUAGACACACAUUUGAUAAAUGAACUAGACACCCCCCUUCCUGAUUGUGUGUUGACUUCUGGUUAUAUUGUUAACACUCCCCCUCUCUGUUUUUGUAAAUACGUUUACUGUUAUAACCAACCUGAAGAUUAUUUUUAGUCAGCGGUACACUUGUUCCUUCUGUAUAUGUUGCACUGAAAGUUAAUAUUUAAUGUAUUAAUUUAUUGUGUGGUUAAAUUAAUUUGAUUUGCGUAAAGUGUUUAUAUUUGAUUGCCAGUUAUUUCUUCCUUAAUACGCUGAAUUAUAGUUAUUUAAAUGAGUGAAGUACACUUUUUUCAUAAUACUUCGCUGUUGUCUGUUUUUAAUGGGUUGAAGGGGAUACUUUAAAUAAGGGCCGUCUGCGCACAGAUUUUAAUGUCUGGUGCUACGUUAUGUGGCCGACCUGCCUUUCACGUGGAGCCACUGCCAGGAAGCCUCUGCCAGCCAGUGGGGGCAAUACUGAGGUACAAUGCAGAUUCCUGCGUUCCUCACCUCCUGCAUAGACUUGUCUAGCCCUUAAAACGCACACACCGCCUUUACAAAAGCUGGGGUCUGCCACCUCUCUCACAAUAUCCAAAGUUAAUAAGUGAAGCAGCACUGUGUGGAGAAGAGGGCUCCUGGUGGCAGCUAGCCAUGGCUCGGCUCUGCCUCCACAGUGCUUCUGAAUCCCAGUUUCUGGAAACUGCAGGAGGAGAGAGCGCUCUUGGAUGCUGGAGGCCUGCUUGCAGGUUACCUGUUGAGGCAUCUGUGAGAACAGGAUGCUGGACUAGACGAGCACUCCUUGCCUCGACCCGGCAGGCUCCACUUAAGAAGUCCAUCUAGUCCACCCUGAAGCCAUCUACUGCAGUCUGCUUCCUUGAGUGUUCCUGGCUCGUAGUACGGUAUUAUGAGACGGGAGGGGGGUUGUCUUCCUGUGCCCAUUCUCUCCAUCUUGGUGUCAUUGAGAGCAGUGCCCACCCUCGCCCCCUGCAGCACGGACAAAUUCUCACAUUCAUUAUUUACCGAAGGAAAGGGUUCUGUGAACAUGAAAACAGUGCAAGGCCUCCAUCAUCCCCAGGUCCUAAUGGUCUUUGGUUACAGUGACGAAAUGCCAGGCAACCCCAACCUCCUAGUGGCCAAAGGUCUACACCAGUGAUGGUGAACCUUUGACACGUGUGUCAAACGUGACACGCAGAGCCCUCACUGCUGGCACGCGCCCCAUUGGUCCAUUCACGCUGUUGUUUCUCCCCCCCCCAUUUGUUCUCCCGCUCCUCCUCAC